UGUUGGCAACACUGCCUGCUCGAACUAAGUCACAAUAAGAAGGAAGGAACAGGAAAAUAAAUAAAUAUACAAGAAGAGAUUUCUCUCGUUCUUCAUAAAGCACUAUAUUGUGUUAUAUUAUUGGAAAUCUUGGUAAAUUAUUGCAACAAUGGAAAACUGCAAUCGCACGCCUGAUCAAUAUGGAAAAGUUCCUUAUGACCCUGGUUGGAAUGAUCCUCCAAAAUUUUCAUACAACGCUCAACAGACAACACCUAAUAGACCUCGAAACUUUCUCAACAAAAGGGUGGCCUUUCCUCUAUCAGGGAGUACUACUUCUCCCGCAGUGCAGCCCGCCUCGAAUUUACCUGUAAUUCCUUCAGGGCUACCUACAGCACCACCUUUAAAAUUACCUCCAAGAACACAACCUCACGAAAAUAUUGAUGUUGAUAGUGAAAAAGCUUUGGGUGAAGUGAAAGAUAUUCUGUUGUCAAUUUUGGAUAAUAGUAGUGAAUUAGGUCAGAAAGCAAGUGAUAUAAAAAGGAGAAUAGGACUAAUGGAGGAUAUGUGGACAAAUGAAAAGUUGAACAAGAAUGUACAUUUUCAAAUGCGUGAAUUAGCAUAUGCCCUAAGGAAUGAAGAACCACAGAAGGCAGAUGAAAUACACAGAGCAUUGAUGGUAGACCAUGUGAGCGCAGUAGGAACUUGGAUGCCCGGCGUCAAACAACUUGUACACCACUGCAUAGCUCGCACUGAAUUAUUAGCAUUAGACAAGGAAUAACUAAUAAUACUACUAAUAUAAUGUUGCCAAAAUUUUUCACCAACACUGUUAUAUGUAAAUGUGGAAUUGAUCCAUACUUUAAAGCCGACAGCUAAGCUGGGAAUGCAAUAUGUUACCUAAAAUUAUAAAAAAAAGUAAUUUUUCUGGCAAUUAGUCUAUAUCUAUGUACUGAAGUAAAGGUAAACAAUCCUGUCUUUUUUUUCAUUUCCAUGGUCCAUAACAAAAAUAAUAUUUUAUUAUGACAUCUGUUUUCAUUUUUAAGCUUACCUAUAUUCCAGUACCUAAAAAAAUUGUACUAUAGAUGUUUAUUUCAUAUUUAUACAAUUUUAAGAAAAAAUAAGUGUGAUCAUGAUUUUUUAGUCUUCAUAAUCAGCCAUAAAAUGUGCUGUUGGUACAAUAUGUGUUAUAUUAAUGAAGGAUUUUUUUGUAAGUAAGUAAUAAACCACAUAUGCUUUAUACA